UAAUUCUUGCUUUUUAGAUAAAAAUAAGUAUAAAUGGACAUUAAUUUUUUUCUUUAUGCCUCAACUAUCUUGCAUAUUUCUUGGGGUAUAUAGCCUUUUCAUCCCCACUUCAUUUUAGAAAUCAUAAAUGUAGGCCUUUCUCUAGCCUGUAGGUAAAGAACCACAUAGUCUUUAAGAGACAAAUGGGGGAUAUAAAAAGCUUAGAUACAUUCAGUCUCUCCUUAGAGUAUAAUGAGAGAUAACUGUAUACAGUAGUUGAUUUUUAUUAAUAGAUUAUGUAUCUGUGUUUUAUUUCAGGGGUUAAUUUUCAAGUUUUGGAUGGUUCUCCCUCUUUGAGUUACCAUUUGUUUCUGCUUAUAACCUACUGAUCAUGCCUUUAGUACUAAGUAAAUAUUGAAAAGGGAAGGCCUUAGGUGGCUUGCGAAGGCUCUGAUGUAAAUAUGUGUUGCUGAGACGGGGAAGUGAAGGUGUUGGAUUAUGCAUGACUUUCACAUGUGUUCUUAUACCACAUUCAUGCCCCCUCAGGUUCUCAUUGCAGAUCCAUAAUCAAACCACCCCAGCCAGAACAACUUCUGCCUCUACAGCGCUGUCAUGGAGCAGACCUGAAUCUCACCCAUGGAGACAGGCAGGCAAGCAGGUGUGUCUGCUGAGAUGUUCGCCAUGCCCCGAGGUCUGAAAGGCAGCAACAAGGAUGGGAUCCCUGAGGACCUAGAUGGGAACUUGGAAGAACCAAGGGAUCAGGAAGGUGAGCUCAGGAGUGAGGAUGUCAUGGACCUCACAGAAGGUGACAAAGAAACCUCAGCCUCAGCUCCUCCUGCAGCCAAAAGGCUGAAAACAGAUACCAAAGGAAAGAAGGAGAGGAAGCCCACUGUGGAUGCAGAGGAGGCUCAGAGGAUGACAACCCUGCUGUCUGCCAUGUCUGAGGAGCAGCUGGCCCGCUACGAAGUGUGUCGCCAGUCAGCUUUCCCAAAAGCACGCAUUGCAGCUCUGAUGCAGUCUAUCACUGGCAGUUCGGUGUCUGAGAACGCGACCAUUGCCAUGGCUGGAAUAGCCAAGGUCUUGGUUGGAGAGGUGGUGGAAGAGGCCCUGGACGUGUGUGAGAUGUGGGGAGAAACGCCCCCGCUGCAGCCCAAGCAUUUAAGGGAGGCCGUUCGCAGGUUAAAGCCCAAGGGCCUCUUCCCCAACAGCAACUACAAAAAAAUCAUGUUCUAGGCCCAAGGCCAGAGGGAAAGGUCUGUUUGUGCAGGAAUAAGUAUUGCAUCCAGUCUGCUAUGAUAGGACUAUGUUUGCUGGAGCUUCUGCAUCUGUCUACCCUGGAUUUAGCCACAAUCUUUCUCAAACUGUGACAUUGUUUCAUAAUCACCUUGACUAAAUAUUUGGGUCGCCUAGAACAUAUUGAGUCAUUUUUAUGUGUCUUCCUAGUUGGAAGAAGAAAGAUGCAUGGGUCUUGAUCAUCCUGUAGACAGAUAGCUGCUUUCAGAGAGGGAAAUCCCUUCUAAGAGUCUUGUAUGGUUUCAUACUGAAGCCUGGAGUUGCUGUGUCUUAGCUUGUGUGCUGGGUUUCAAUAAGUGAAGCCUCCGAAGACUUUUCCCUAGUGAUAUUCUGCCCUGAAAUCUGUGCCUGAGCAGGGGCACUGGAAUCGUUGUCCUUGUAUGUAUUUUAAAUUCUGGUAUGGAUUUUGGUGACUCAUCUUAAAAACAGUUAAACUGUUAAACUGUUUUCCAACCUGCAGAAAUAAAGAUAAAAUCA